GUCAAGUAGAGUCUGUUAUGCUCAAAAACAUCGCUUCCUUAAAUGUCUAAAUUCCACAACAAUAGCAAUAUAAUGACGCCUCAGAUAUCUCCAAAGGAUAUCCCACAAAAUACAAGUGAUUCUGAAUCCGAAGAAGAGCAUGUUGUUACAAACAUCAACCAUGAAUCUAGCAGUAGUGAAGACGACGAUGGCGACAUUGUAAACGAAAUUUCUGGCUAUGUUCCUCUUUCAAUGAACGAUGGAAAUGAUGAUAAUAACGAUCAUCAUAUACAAAUGAUWGAGGGUGAUUCAAAUGAUGCUGARUGCAUUGAAAGUCAAGAGGUACCUCAAACUGAUACUGCAACAUCAGCCUCUGUUAGUACAGAUAUUACAACAGAAGAAACACAUAUUAAUAUGGAUAAUGAUCAAAUAAAAUUGAUUCAACAAGUUAUGACAAAUAUAUCUCUGCCAUCAUCAUCGAUACCAGAAUGGGCAAAAGUUGUCCCUGAAGACAGAUGGAAAAAUUCACUUUUAACAAGUCUAGAGAAUCGAACUCACACUAAAACUGAACCCGAGAGAACUGAUCAUCAAGAAUAGAUUAUAUAUAAAUAACAUUUUUGUUUAAAGAUUAUCAGGGCCAUCUUGAGUUCAUAUAAUUUUUGUCUCAUGUGAAGAAAGCCAAUGAACAUCAAAGAAGAUAUCAAUGAAGUAUAUUUAUACAAGAAAUUUCRACAUCAAAAGUACUGAAACCUGGUUAAAUUAACUUUUAAGGAGUGGACAUGCAGCAGGAAUCAAUUGGAUCCAUUGAGAGAAAUUGCUCAAACCUACAAGAAAAAUAUCCUAGAAUCCUCAGUUCCUUUUACUUUUAUUAUGUCUAGAACGAUCUGCAAAUCCACAAYUUACUAAGGAUAUCUAAAAUGCAAACACCUUUAUCAAGAAAGAACCAAAUCAGCCAAUCCAAAUCCCUGAUGCCCAUCUCCUUGGGUAAUCCUGAUUAACCCAGAUAACAAUGAAUCCAGACAUUGAUAAAACUGACARAUAAACUGGGUUAAACAAACAAUCAUUGAGGAAUUGAGCUGAAGGCUUCAUUUCGAUUGGUUCAAGAUAUUUGAUUGAUGUUAAAUUAUCAUUAGUUACAGUAGCCAAAAUAUUAAAAGGGGCAUUGUUCAUGUAAAGUGUGUAUAUGCUAUUGUAAGAAAGUCAUCUUGAAACUGGAAUGUACGUCAKUACUCAGUGCAAAUGACAUAACAAAAAUACGACCUUUCGGUUUUCAAGGAAAAAUAAAAUUUAUAUAUAUGUGUA